ACACUCGAGUGGGGAUUAGGGCAGAGAGGCAGCCCGGCUGGAGCUGUGUGGUCUUCCCCAAGUGGGAGCUGCGAGCAAAAGAAGAACCACCUAGCUUUGGGGGAGAAGAGGGAGGAAUCCUCUCCAGCAGCUCAGAGGGAAAAAUAAAACCCCCACACUUUAUUCAGAGUAACAACCUGAUUUGUUUCUUCGCACUGUAACAGAUCUUCACACUGACUCGCCCAUACCUGUGUGCCUAUGAGUUACUGGCCUCCUGCUCGUGAAGGAAAUCUCUCACUCUCCUCACCGCUUACAGUCAGAAAAAAAGACUGAUCUGGGGAAGAGUGGAAAAACAAUGACAAUAUAUCUUUCUUGCAUAAGACAAAGGUGUUGCCUACAGUAAAUUCACUGAGCAAGAAAUACAGACUUCUGUCCAGUGCUAUGAAAAUUAACCAAGGCACAUUAACUUCAGGAAAUCUUCAAAGGACAGAGGAAGAAGCUGUACUGAACAGUUCUGGAGACUUUGAAGCACAGGCACAGCGCUGAGGUCUUUGACUGACAGACCUUCUGCUUUCUCCUUCUUGCAGGGCUCCUCCUACAGAUGUUCUGAACACGUCUGCAUUCCAGCAAUUUUGUACUGCGCCCAGGUCUUGAAAACUAGAGUUCAGGCACUUCUGGAUUGUUUUUUUUUUUCAUUGAAGUACUGGAACUACUAUGAAGACCUCUUGGUUUGCACUCCUCUUGGCAGUGCUCAGUUCUGAACUGCUGACAAGUCAUUCUUCCACUCUCAAGUCCCUGAGGUUCAGAGGCCGUGUGCAGCAGGAGCGAAAAAAUAUCAGACCAAAUAUCAUCCUUGUGCUCACAGAUGACCAAGAUGUGGAGCUAGGGUCCUUACAAGUGAUGAACAAAACCAGACGGAUUAUGGAGAAUGGAGGAGCAUCCUUCAUCAAUGCCUUCGUAACCACCCCAAUGUGCUGCCCAUCGCGUUCCUCCAUGCUGACUGGAAAGUAUGUGCACAACCACAACAUAUACACCAACAAUGAAAACUGCUCUUCUCCCUCCUGGCAGGCCACUCAUGAGCCACGCACUUUCGCCGUGUAUCUGAAUAACACUGGGUAUCGAACAGCUUUUUUUGGGAAAUACCUCAAUGAAUACAAUGGCAGCUACAUCCCUCCUGGGUGGAGAGAGUGGGUUGGAUUAGUGAAGAACUCUCGCUUCUAUAAUUACACCAUUUCUCGCAAUGGUAACAAAGAGAAGCAUGGAUUUGAUUAUGCAAAGGACUACUUCACAGACCUAAUCACUAAUGAGAGCAUUAAUUACUUCAGAAUGUCCAAGAGGAUAUAUCCGCAUAGGCCCAUAAUGAUGGUCAUCAGCCACGCUGCGCCUCAUGGCCCCGAGGAUUCGGCCCCACAGUUCUCAGAGCUCUACCCCAACGCUUCGCAGCAUAUCACUCCCAGCUAUAAUUACGCACCAAACAUGGAUAAGCACUGGAUCAUGCAGUACACGGGGCCCAUGCUGCCUAUCCACAUGGAGUUUACAAACGUCUUGCAACGGAAGAGACUUCAGACCCUGAUGUCAGUUGAUGACUCUAUGGAAAGAUUAUACCAAAUGCUUGCAGAAAUGGGAGAGCUGGAGAAUACCUACAUUAUUUACACUGCUGACCAUGGUUACCAUAUCGGGCAGUUUGGACUGGUCAAGGGGAAGUCAAUGCCAUAUGACUUUGAUAUUCGAGUUCCUUUCUUUAUUCGUGGUCCAAGUGUAGAGCCAGGAUCAGUAGUGCCUCAGAUAGUUCUGAAUAUUGAUCUUGCACCAACAAUUCUGGAUAUUGCAGGACUUGACACACCUCCAGAUAUGGAUGGCAAAUCUGUCCUAAAGCUUCUAGACUUGGAAAGACCAGGAAAUAGGUUUCGAACAAACAAGAAGACCAAAAUCUGGCGUGACACAUUCCUGGUGGAAAGGGGCAAAUUUCUACGCAAGAAAGAGGAAGCUAAUAAAAACACUCAGCAAUCUAAUCAACUGCCAAAAUAUGAGAGGGUAAAAGAAUUAUGCCAACAAGCAAGAUACCAGACAGCCUGUGAACAACCAGGACAGAAGUGGCAGUGCACAGAAGAUGCUUCUGGCAAGCUCCGAAUUCACAAGUGCAAGGUAUCUAGUGACAUCCUGGCCAUCAGGAAGAGGGCCCGCAGCAUCCACUCCCGGGGAUACAGUGGUAAAGAUAAGGACUGCAACUGUGGAGACACCGAUUUCCGAAACAGCAGGACCCAAAGAAAAAGUCAAAGACAGUUUCUGAGAAACCCCAGUGCGCAAAAAUACAAACCACGUUUUGUUCACACUCGCCAAACCCGAUCCUUGUCUGUGGAAUUUGAAGGUGAAAUAUAUGACAUAAACCUGGAAGAGGAAGAACUGCAGGUGUUAAAGACCAGAAGUAUCACCAAACGUCACAAUGCUGAAAAUGACAAAAAAGCAGAGGAAACUGAUGGUGCUCCCAGUGACACGAUGGUUGCUGAUGGCACUGAUGCUAUAGGUCAACCCAGUUCUGUCAGAGUGACGCACAAGUGUUUUAUUCUUCCAAAUGACACUAUUCACUGUGAGAGGGAGCUGUACCAAUCUGCCAGAGCCUGGAAGGACCACAAGGCUUACAUUGAUAAGGAGAUUGAAGCUCUCCAGGACAAAAUCAAGAAUUUGAGGGAAGUUAGAGGACACCUAAAAAGAAGAAAACCAGAUGAAUGUGACUGUACUAAACAGAGCUACUACAACAAAGAGAAAGGUGUAAAGGCCCAAGAGAAAAUCAAGAGCCAUCUUCAUCCCUUCAAAGAAGCCGCACAGGAGGUAGACAGCAAACUGCAGUUGUUCAAAGAGAAUCGCAGAAGGAAGAAGGAAAGGAAGGGGAAAAAGCGCCAGAAGAAAGGGGAUGAGUGUAGCCUUCCUGGACUGACAUGUUUUACCCAUGACAACAACCACUGGCAAACUGCACCCUUCUGGAGCUUGGGAUCUUUCUGUGCUUGCACAAGCUCAAAUAACAACACCUACUGGUGUUUGCGAACAGUGAAUGACACCCACAAUUUUCUCUUCUGUGAGUUUGCAACUGGCUUCUUGGAAUAUUUUGAUAUGAACACUGAUCCCUAUCAGCUGACGAAUACCGUACAUACAGUGGAAAGAGGCAUUUUAAAUCAAUUGCAUGUACAGUUGAUGGAAUUGAGAAGUUGUCAAGGUUAUAAGCAGUGCAAUCCAAGGCCUAAGGGACUUGAAACAGAGGACAAUUAUGGGAUGGAUGGGAAGGCUAACCUGCCCAAUUUCACUGGUGACAUCAACUGGCAAGGACUGGAAGACUUGUACAGAGUGAAUGAAAGUGUAUAUGAACACAGAUACAACUAUAGACUUAGUCUGGCUGACUGGACUAAUUACUUGAAGGAUGUAGAUAGAAUGUUUGCACUGCUGAACAGUUACUACAAGCAAAAUAAAACAGACAAGGCUAACAUUGCUCAAAGCAACAGGGACGGAGACGAAUCAUCUACAUCAACCUCAGCGGAAAUGUCUUCUGCAGAAGAGGCGAGCGGCCUGACUGGAGAAGAAUUGCAGCUUAUUGUGCCAACAGACUUUGCAGCCCUAGCUUUGAGUACCAUGAAUUUAAGUCAGGAGAGAAAACUUGAAUUAAACAACGAUAUUCCUGAAAAAAGUAGUUUGAAUGAUGCACACUGGAGAAAUAAUCAAGCUGAAAAAUGGAUAGAGGAUAAAGAAUCAGACCGUUUUGAUAUGGAUUUCAGUGGAAAUGGUUUGAUAGAGUUGGAGUCCCGGCAUAGUUUCAUGCUACAACCCAUCAGCGUUCCUCAAAAAGACACUCAUCGGGACACUGAUGCUAUGAGAGACAUAUUUGGAGAUCAAAUGUAUCUUCCCGUGAGGUCCGAUCAACCUGUUGUUCAUCAGGCUGUAAAUGUAUCCUUUAGGGAUUCAUCCAUCGGUACCCAGAAAACAGGAACACUUUUGAAAAAAACAGAACAGAGUCUUAGAGGGGAAACUUCACAAGUUCUAAACGUAGAAGGCAGCGCCUCACCUCCACUCUCCUUGGGUUAGAUCAAGUUGCAGAUCAUUAAAUACAUUCUCCUUUUCUUAUUAGCAGACUAAUAAAGGUAAUCAUGACAACUGACAUUCCAUGUUCACUGUAGAUACAAUUUGCAGCUAAAUUAAGACCAGUUCAGUAUUUGUGUGUAUUUUAUUCACACACACACAUACAUACUUUCACAGUGAUUAUCCACACUGGAAAGCAAGAUUUCCAGCUUCUUAAGGCAAAGAAACAGUGUUAACUUUCUAAUGCAGUAGCACAUUCUCUGUAAGCUAAAAUAAUUUCUUUGACGAGGAUGUUCAAGUGACUUUCUCUAUUUCCAAAUGAUCCCACCAUGAAUGAAUGUUUCAGUCCACCCAAUCUGUCUGCAUAAUGUAUUCUGAUAAGUUAUUUUAACCACUGGAAAUUCCUAAUGUCACACUUUUGAUUAAAACGAUGUUGCACUUUUAAAAUCUGUAUGCCAUACCAUUUAUGAAUCUAAUAACUUACCUGUUCUUAGUUUGUUCGUUGGCUAAUGUAAUUGUGAAACCAAUAAAUAGAUUGACAGGAAAGAGAUAAUCAGCAUGGAUUGUGGAAACAGACUGUUUGAAUAUCAUUUUAGCAAAAAUAUUGCAUGUUUUUGUUACUUUGAUUUAAUUAAAUUUAUUCUCAGAAAGGUAUGGCUAAUAUUUGUUAACUAUAGGAGGAUUUGUUUAAAUUGGAUUGUUUCCCUAUAUACGCUAUUGUCAGUAUUAAAAAUACAUGAGGUUUUUUUUGACUUUUCUUUUUAUCUGAUACUGGUAGAAAGGUUUACAUCAAUUCAUAUAUACUUUUGUCACGAGAUCCGAUUUUUAUUAGCCUGAAUGAUGUCUUGAAAGCAUUCUUUUCAUUUUGAGACUUAAAUUUUUGUUGUUGUUUUGAACAGUCAUUAAAGGGAAUGAUAAAAUCAUGUUAGAUUUACAUUAUUCUAGAUGCAAAAGGCACAUGGGGUACAAAAUAGUAGCUUAGAUACUUUUUGUUGUUGUAUUGUUCUGCAGUUUUUUCUUGAACUUUACCAAACUUUAAAUUUUAUAAAGUAUAACACAAAAAUAACUUUGAAAAUCUGUACUACUAGAAACUAUCUUUUUUUUUUUUUUUUUAAUAAAUUCAAAAUAAUUAGCACAACACCACCAAAAGAGAAUUACCUCAAACAGAUGUAAUUCCAUAGCAUCCGAUUCUUGGGAGUGUUUCCUAUCUGUUACGUCUUAUUUAGUGUAGUGAAUGUUUUUGGGCUAUUGCAAGCACUGCAGGUUAAACUUACGUUCAUCACAUUGUACGUUCAGUUGAAACUUCUUAAAAACAAGAUUGUUUUAGUAGGAUUUUAAUAAUUUUAAGAAGCAGUCUUUUUGAUGGACUCUGUACAUAUGUUAAAAUUAACUGGCUCUUUAUCUGAUGUAUGUGUCAUGGGCUGAUUGAUAGAACAAACGUAUUUAUGGUCAUGAAUGAUGCUAUUUGUACAUAGGUUUCAAGUUACUAGGAUACCAGCUGUGUUUUUAAAUCUUGUAUAAUAUUUCUGUGAUACUUUUAUAGAACAAUUCUGGCUUCGGGAAAGUCUAGAAGCAAUAUUUCUUGAAAUAAAAAGUGUUUUACUUUACCUGCUUCAGAGAAGUCCAGAUGAUCCAGCUUUCCUAGCAAUUCAGAUUUAUUUUAAAAAUAUGUUAACGUCUUUGGCUUUAAGAAUCCAUCCACACUGAAAGCAAUGGGUAAUGAAAUAACACACUACAUUCUGUUAGUUAUAAAUUAUUCCUGGAGAUUGUGAAUAAUAUAUAUUUUUUUGUUUAA